AUGUGUUGUUCUCUCUCUCUCUCUCUCACUCUCACUCUCUCCAUUUAUUUUAUCACCCUCUCUACAUUUCUGUUGUUCUCAUAUGUUGUUGCUCUCUCUCCAUUUCUGUUGCUCUCCAUCUGUUUUUACUCUCUUUCUCUUCAUUUCUGUUGCUCUCCACUUCGAUUGUUGUUCCCUCUCUCUAUUUCUGAUCUCUUUCUCUCCAUUUCUGUUGUUUGCCAUUUCCGUUGUUACUCUCUCUCUCUCUCUCUCUCUCCAUUUCUGUUGCUCUCCAUAUGUUUUUACUCUUUCGCACCAUUUCCUUUGCUCUCUAUCUGUUUUUACUCUCUUUCUCUCCAUUUCUGUUGCUCUUCAUUUCUGUUAUUGCUCUCUCUCUCUCUCUCUCUCUCUUUUAUAUAUAUAUAUAUAUAUAUAUAUAUAUAUAUAUAUAUAUAUAUAUAUAUUUCCGUUGAUCUCCACCUAUUUUACCGUUUUCCUCUUCAUUUCUGUUGCUCUCCACUUCGAUUGCUGUUCCCUCUCUCUAUUUCUGAUCUCUUUCUCUCCAUUUCUGUUGUUUGCCAUUUCCGUUGUUACCCUCUCUCUCUCUCUCUCCCCAUUUCUGUUGCUCUCCAUCUGUUUUUACUCUUUCGCACCAUUUCCUUUGCUCUCAAUCUGUUUUUACUCUCUUUUUCUCCAUUUCUGUUGCUCUUCAUUUCUGUUCUUGCUCUCUCUCUCUCUCUAUUUCCGUUGAUCUCCACCUAUUUUUACCGUUUCCCUCUCCAUUUCUUUUGCUCUCUAUCUGUUUUUGCCUCUUUCUCUCUAUUUUUGUUGCUUUGCAUUUCUAUUGUUGCUCUCUCUCUCUCUCUGUUUUUACUCGCUUUCUUUCCAUUUCCAUUGCUCUCCAUUUCUAUUGUUUCUCUCUCUCCAUUUCCGUUGCUCUCUAUCUGUUUUUACUCUCUUGCUUUCUACUUCCGUUGA